UUAGCCUCGAGUGCACUGCAAACAUCUCUCUCUCUCUCUCUCUCGUAUUGGAAACGAUUCGGUCUGUUGCCACCAUCCUACAUAAUUGGAUCAAAGAAAGUCCAAGUGAUUAAGCCUUCAGAUCUGACAUAGUGUUCCGUGUCACAUUUCCUCUGCUCUCUCACUGAAACUUCGCCUUCUACUCCGCCUUGGAUUCACGCGUUUUGCGGGAUACUGACGCAUGACCAAUGUGCGCAAAGGUCAGCUGUGCCUUUGCACCAAACCUGAGACCUCUGCUUCAUUGCCCUUUCGUUUCUCCUCACGGAGAAGUCCGAGUCUAUGUGCUGUACUUGUUCUCUUUGCCGACUAGUGCAGCUUUAAGUCUCCGCCUACUCGCUGCAGCCAUGAAAGCCACCCUGCACAAGCCGCCUCCUGCCGCUGUUGGACUCGUCUGCCUCGCCGUCGUCCUGCUAGCCUUCGUCUACCUCGUCAUCUACCCGAAGGAGUUCGAGCUGCAGUCGUUCGUCACCGCCUGCCGCCCCUCCUCCGCGGCUGCGGUCAGCUUCACCGAGCCCGUCACGGUGGAACCCGACUUCCGCCUCCUCCUCGGCGUCCUCACCAGCGCCGACCUGUACGAGCGCCGCCACCUCCUCCGCCUCGUUUACUCGCUCCAGACCAACCUCACCGCCCACGUCGACGUCCGCUUCGUCCUCUGCAACCUGACCAAGGAGGAGCAGCGGGUGCUGGUGGCCAUGGAGAUCAUGCGCUACGACGACAUCAUCAUCCUCAACUGCACCGAGAACAUGAACGAGGGCAAGACCUACGCGUACUUCGCCAGCCUCCCGAAGCUGUUCGACGGGGACCGGCCGCCUUACGACUUCGUGGUCAAGGCGGACGACGACAUCUACUUCCGGCUUCCCAAACUGAUCGAGUCGCUGAAGAAGAUGCCGAGGGAGGACCUGUACUACGGCUUCGUGAUCCCCUACGAUGGGGUACCUGCUCUCAUGGGACUUGUUGGAGUGGAUCUCGAUGGAUUUAUGAGCUUAAAAAAAAAUACCUUUAGGAUAAAGAGAUCUCAUGGGACUUGGUGGAGUGGAUCUCGAUGGAUUUAUGAGCUUAAAAAAAAAUACCUUUAGGAUAAAGAGAUCCGAUGGAUUUAUGAGUUCUUAGUUUAAGAUAAACUGAUCCGAUGGAUUUAUGAGUUCUUGAUUCUCGUAAUCCUCAAACAACAAUGUGGGACUCAAUGAUUUUAUCAUGAAAAUAACAAUAUAAUCAAUAUGAAAAUAGUGACGGAAGAAUGCACUCCAUAAAGCAUGCUUAUCCCAAGAUGACUAAGAAGCCAUACGUUGCUUAGCCAUUUGGAACAGUUAAAUUAGAUUUUUAAGCUAUAAUUUCAAGUGGCCCCCACCGUAUAAAAAGGAUUAGAUCAGAUUCCUGUU